AUGUUACGGACCUGGACUCCCGGCGUGCGAUUAGCGCCUGUGCUGGUGGAGAUGCGUAAAUUCAUGGGACGGCAGAGUGGUGGAAUUGGUCCUCUGAUCACAUGCAGUCGUCUUGAUCUCCACCGAAGUGCCGUCAAAGAAAUGGGCAUGUCCAAGCAAGAAAGCAUUUCACUGCUCAAGGCGAUCCUCUUGCAACAGGUCGUCCUCGAAGACAGAAUUCGAAGCUACUCUCAGAAGGGUCUACUCUUCCUUGAGACGGACGACGGUAGCUAUCGCGUUUCAGUCCCAUACCCAUGCUUGUUGAACCUGCUGCAGGUGCUUGAUCGACCAGAGCGUUUUGAGAAUCUGUGGUGGACUGGCAACACUCCAGCAAAGAGCAGCUGGAGAACAAAGGCAUUCGAGGCUCUUUGCGCCAUUCGGAUUGCCAUCGAAAUGAAAGACUUCCCCUACGAUUCGCCACGUGAUCCUGACACGGUAGCGACGACAUUCGUGAGAGAGAAGAAGUUUUGCGUCUGCCUUGCAAAGAAACAGAACGAGGCAGGUGUGGACGCCAUCGGGGUUGAUUCCACAACGCAAGACUGGAAGGAGGUUGAGCAGUUCAUGAAUUUCACAGCAAAAACGGGUGUGGAGUGGGCCAAGAAAGCAGGGUGCAACCAAAUCCGUGCCAUCUUUGACACCGGGAGGGCGCCGAGAAAUUACACAUCCACAAGGCCAACUGAGCUUGAGGUUGACGGUGUGCAUAUCUCUUACACAGUCUAUGCGAAGACCGAGAACCGAAAAGACUGUGCAAUCAGGGCAAUGCCGAUCAGUACUGUCAGUACUUGGAUUCCUUCCAGCGUCAUGUGCUUCUGCCGAGAUGCCUUGACCGUGGACCAAACGCAAAGACGAGGGGGGCAGAUACAGUUUAAUGAGUUGCAGAAGCAUAGUCGCGAAACAGGAUGUGCGGACCAAGAGGAGAUGGUUCGCCAGUGGACACUUCUGGAGAAAGAAAGGGAUGAAGCAAACCAGGAAAGGCACGUGAACGACCUGCAGCGUGAAGCUAUUCAGCGGGAAAGGGAGCGAUUGCUAGAAGAGGGUGCCAGGUUGCAGGAGAGCAGGCUGGCCUGGCAGGGUGCCAUGCAAGAUGCAGAGCUGCAGCGACAGCAUGGUGAGAUCCAACAGGGCUUGCUUGAAGCUAAGCGGCUAGAGGAUGAACAGCGCCUCAUGUUCGACUCUGCUCGGGAGUCUGCUCGCAAAGAAGCGGAACAGGUUCACAAAGCAGCUGAGACGCAACGGCAAACUGAUGCUCUGGAGCACCAGAAACGAUUGUCGGAGCUCAAGGAAAAAGUGGCUGUUCUGCAGGUUGAAUUGACUCACAGAGAACAGGCCGCGCAGCCACCGCAACCUGACUUGAGUCACUUCGUAGACCAGCUGCUGCAGCAGUUCCGACCAGCAGAACCACAAUCGACGGGCUCUAGCGAGGAAAAGGAAAGGUCCCUUAGGGACGAAGAAAUCAAGCAAUUGCGCGAGGCGUGCCGGCAGGAACAAGCCGAAGUGGCUGACUUGAAGGCCGAGGUGCGACGCUUGCACGUGGAGUUGACGAAGCCGAAGCCCGCUGAGGCGGUCGAGAUGCAAAUGCCGCAACAGUUUUUGGAAACGUUACAAGAGCUUGUCCAACGGCUUCCCAUGCAAGCGGAGACAACGGACACGGAGGCAGUCUCCAAGGCAGGAGCGGCCAAAGCAGUUGCAACAAAAGCCGAGGAGAGGAGUGUGGCACAAGACCUGGAAAAGAAGGAGGAGCAUCUGGCUGCAGCAAGGCAAGCUGCAGCGAAUCAAGCUGACGAGCGGCGAGUUGCCGCAGAAGAAGCUCGGAAGACAGAGGAGCAGCGUCUGGCUGUGGAUAGAGCUGCAGCGGAGCGCGUUGGGGCAGAAGAAGCCCGGAAGAAGGAGGAGCAACGCUUAGCCCAAGAGGUGGCUGCCAAAGAAGCAGCGGAGAAG